AUAACUUGAACAGAGAUUAUGACCUGAACCUGAGCCAAGAAGAUCUGCAACACACCUGAGUCCAGCUACAUGUCAGAGGAUGCUGAUGUGGGCUAAUGUGAAGUUCAUGUGCUGUACUAGUGAGACCCUGGAGGCAAGGAAACAAGGAACAUGCACCUAUGGACUUAAAGUCAGCAUUCAUGUUUCUCAGGCGUGUGAGAGGCUGCGCUUCAGUAUCAGACUGCGCCCCCUGUCUCAAGAAACCGUGCAACCGUGGCCAUUUUACACUUCAAAUCCAGCCAGUGAGAAGAUGGAGCAGCGUUCACACCUGCGUUUUCUAACCGAGUGUGUUAGAGACUGCGUUUCAGUCCCGCGGUGGAACAGAGGAGUCGUUUGCAGCGUUUUUUGGGAUUCUGAGCCUGUCAGUCCCAGCAGCCGCGCUCACCUGCAGCCCCGGGGCCAGACUCCAUCCUGCGCCGGGCCCUCGGAUGACCUCACGGAUAAACCCGGCUUAAAGGAGCCGAUCCCAUCAAUCGUGUGGCGCAGGAACAGGAACGCUGGACAGAGACGAGGAGGAAGGACCUCCGGGGACGCCACUGAGAGGAACGUCAACCACGAUGAGACUCGUAGGAACUCGGACGUCCACACCGUGUUCAGGAUUGUGACAGAAGCUGAUGCCGGGCGUGGCGGCGUGCCGCUCUGUACCCGUGAUGGCGGGGGUUUUGCUGAUGCCUGCAUUAGUGCCGCGUCUCUCCGAAUCCGCAGCGACGGAGGAUUCCGUGAGCCGUCGGUGCCUGGCGUGACGCCUCUACACGUGCCACCCUCGCAGCGAGGCGCGUCUCCAUCCUAAUCCACCCAGCACCACGUCUACCGAGGCAUUAUGGGAUACGCAGACACAGAUGGAACCUAAAGCUGGUAAAAACCGCCAAAAAAGGCUUGAAGGGAUGUAAUGACAGUGAACUACAGAAGCACUGCUGUGUAUCUGCUGUCGGACUGUUCUGCUGGUAUUAUCACCCUGUGUGCUACCAAACUCCCCCCCCCCCCCCCCCCCCAUCCUAAAUAAUGCACUUUAUUAUAUACAUGGAUGUAUAUCAACACACACACACACGCACACUCGUACAUACAGAAAUGUUAUUAUCUGUUGAUGUAUCACUAUUAGUGCGUUUCAGUUCUCUGUUAAAAUAAUUAAAGUUAAA